AUGCAAACGAGGUUUUCCACCUACAAGCAUGUAGCGAUGGCCAUGAGGUUUCUCAAUGCUGGUGCGAGCGCAACCGAGGCCGUGACAAUCGCCAUCAAAAUUCUUGAAGAUCGAGAAAUCACAAAUGCCGGAUAUGGCUCGAACCUCUGCAUCGACGGAACGGUCGAAUGCGAUGCAUGUGUUGUCGACCAUCUUGGUCGUAGCGGUGCCUGUGGCGCCGUAUCUAAUAUUCGAAAUCCCAUAUGUUUAGCCAAGGUCCUGCUUGAUAAAAGCCUCGAGCCCCUGUCGCUUCGGAGGGUCCCUCCCAGUUUUCUAGUCGGAGUCGGCGCCGUUAAGUUCGCACAACGACAUGGGUUGGAGAUCGUGCCCAACGAGAAUCUUAUCUCCAAAAGUGCUAGUGACCGGUUCCACCGCUGGCAACAAGACUUGAGGCGUGCUGCUGCUUUGAAGUCCAAGCCGAAUAAUCAGACGCCGGACGCCGCGGAGAAUUCUCGACCCGGAAGAUCGGUCACGCUUCGUCCGUUCGGCCCCGAUCAGUCGGAUCAUCAGAACGCAGUGGCGACUGGGCUGUUUAAUGAAGCUCAACCUGAUUCACCGUCGAACGUUAUCCCCGCAUCCAGAGCUGAAUCUUCUAGCACCGAAGGCUACGAGGUUCCAAUGAGGAAGUCCACGGCGAACAGCUCUGGGAAAGAUGUAGAGCCUACUCCCCAUCUAAAGCCUUCUGAUACUUGCGCCCCGGGGGCCGAAAUUUUUGCUCAGUUUCCAGGAUUGACGAAUGAGGGCGCCUUGGCACUUCUGCAUCCGCAAUACCAGGGUCGCCAUCCCGAGGUCUCAAAAGCACCAACGAAUGGACCCCGGGAUGGAAACGGAAUUGGUUUGGCUGAGCAGGCUUUAAGAGAUGGAUCGACUUCACCUCAGGCCCUUGAUAAACAAUUCCCAGCGGGCAUCCUGGGCUGUCACGAGGACAACAGGACGGCGCCGCCCGAAUGGAACAAGUCUUCAUUUGGCCAUAAAAGGCUCUAUGGAGAGUACGCACAGGAUUCGGAUGAUAUGAUCACAGACACGGUGGGUGCGAUCGCAAUCGAUCAAAUGGGCCGCGUAGCUGCAGGCUCAUCUUCAGGUGGCAUCGGCAUGAAACACAGAGGCAGAGUCGGUCCGGCAGCUCUCGUUAGAAUCGGAUCCGCCGUUAUCCCGGCCCACCCGGCGGACCACGACAAUGUCUCUGUGGCUGCGGUCGCCAGCGGCACUGGGGAGCACAUGGCUACCACAAUGGCCUCCCAGCGAUGCGCCGAGCGACUCAUGCGAGGCAGCCGGUGCGGCGAGAUGGGCGAGGAUGUGUACGACGGGGAUGACCAUGACAUCAUUCACUCUUUUAUCAUGGAGGAUUUCAUGAAGCAUCCGGGAGUGCAAGGAAUGACCACCACGGGAGCGCUUGGAGUGAUCGCUGUCAAGAAGAGUAGAAACGCCGUAUAUUUCUACUUUGGUCACAAUACCGACUCCUUCGCCCUGGCGACAAUGGCUUCCACGGAUAGGGAACCCAAGUGCCUCAUGUCUCGCCUUGCUCCGGAUGGGGACACCAAAUGUUCGGUUGGUGCUCGCCGAGUUGCCAUCCGGUGA